GUCCAUUCAAGCAACCCUAGCAACUAGGCUAGAGUCACGCAAAAUCUGACAUUGUAAAAGAAAAACAUAUAAACACAAGAGCAAAACAUUCGUGAAAUCAUGAAUUUUUUAGGAAGCAAAUCGGUUAAAGAGAAAAAAAAACCAAAACCAAACAAAAAUCAGGGAAUGUCCAUUCUGGCCUGGCUGCUAAGCGGUAAUUUAUCCGCGCGUUCCUGGAGACGAACAAGAUCUAAGAUGUUAAGGAGACAGGCAAGGCUCAGGAGAGAAUACCUUUAUCGAAAGUCCACCGAGGACAAGGAACGAGUGACUUAUGAGAGAAAGAAAAAGUUGAAGACUGCUUUGGAAGAGGGAAAGCCAAUUCCAACAGAGUUGAGGAAGGAUGAAGCUGCACUAAGAAAGGCCAUUGAAUUUGAUGAUAAGAAACAUGAAGAGACUGGCUCUCACCAGGAUGACGAAUAUGCCUGGGCGGGAGUGCGAGAUCCCAAGAUAAUGAUAACAACAUCUCACAGCCCAAGCUCAAGGCUGAAACAGUUUGCUAAGGAACUACGAUUAAUUUUUCCUAACAGUCAGCGAUUGAAUCGUGGUAACUAUGUGAUGAGUCAACUGAUUCAGGCUUGUAGAGCUAAUGAAGUUACAGACUUAAUAUUGGUUCAUGAGCACAGAGGAGAACCAGAUGGUCUGGUUGUUUCCCAUCUCCCAUUUGGUCCCACGGCUUAUUUCACCUUAUCAAACACAGUCAUGAGACAUGAUAUUCCUAAAAUUGGCACCAUGUCAGAGGCAUACCCGCAUUUGAUUUUUCAUAACUUCAAUUCGAAACUUGGAGAAAGGGUCAAAAGUAUUCUAAAGUAUUUAUAUCCAGUUCCUAAAGACGAGAGCAAAAGAGUGAUCACAUUUGCAAACCAGGAAGACUAUAUCUCAUUCAGGCACCACACAUACAAGAAAGUCGAUGGACAGGUUGAAUUAGCAGAAGUAGGGCCACGAUUUGAAAUGAAAGUUUAUGAAAUCAAGCUUGGAACAGUUGAUCAGAAUGAAGCUGAUGUGGAGUGGAGGCUACGACCCUACAUGAACACAUCCAAGAAGAGAAAAGUGCUUAGUAGCUAGACAGACUGGACUUUAGGUAAUUAGAGAAGAUAGGUGAUAAUGUUAGAAAACACAAAAACUCAAUUGUUGAUUUACAUGUACAGCCAUGAAUAGGAUCAUUUCUUUUGAAUAUCUGUUUUCUUUAUUUUACAACUGUUUUACUAUGUGACUCCUUAACCCCCAAGAGAGGCUGGCUUCCAAUUUCUCCCUACAUUAUAACCCCUAAUAUAUCACCCCCACAAUAUCCGAAUAAAGGAAACGAUCCUCAACUGAA